AUGAUGGAAGAAAUACGAGUGGAAAAUAAGAUAUUGAAAACUGCCGUGGACUCCCUAAAAGACACUACAGAGAGGCUACGGUAUGAUAAUAAAACCAAUGAAAGCCGAAUUACUGGAUCUAAAGUGCAGAAGUAUGAAGAAUAAUAUUGUUAUAAUGGGAAUAAAGGAGGAUGAAAACUAUCAGUCAACAGAGGAUAAAGUCAAGGUGUUCAUGAAACGUAAUCUCAAGAUGACGGAGGAACAGGUGGAUACGAUUGAUUUUCAAAGGGCUCACCGUUUCAGUGGCGGAGGGGAGGGAAGGCCCCGUCCGAUCGUAGCUAUGAUGCUAACUCACUACAAAAUGAAGAUUGCCAACAGGGUAGGGAACUGAAGAACACCCCGUUCUCUAUUAAUGAACAAUUUCCCCAUGAAAUAGUGGAGAGACGACGUGCCCUGUACCCCACUUUCAAAAGGCUCCGAGCAGAGACUUUUUGUAUUCAUGCAGUAUGGAACCGUGGACUAUGGUUAGGCAGUAUGGAACCGUGGACUAUGGUUAGGCAGUAUGGAACCGUGGACUAUGGUUAGGCAGUAUGGAACCGUGGACUAUGGUUAGGCAGUAUGGAACCGUGGACUAUGGUUAGGCAGUAUGGAACCGUGGACUAUGGUUAGGCAGUAUGGAACCGUGGACUAUGGUUAGGCAGUAUGGAACCGUGGACUAUGGUUAGGCAGUAUGGAACCGUGGACUAUGGUUAGGCAGUAUGGAACCGUGGACUAUGGUUAGGCAGUAUGGAACCGUGGACUAUGGUUAGGCAGUAUGGAACCGUGGACUAUGGUUAGGCAGUAUGGAACCGUGGACUAUGGUUAGGCAGUAUGGAACCGUGGACUAUGGUUAGGCAGUAUGGAACCGUGGACUAUGGUUAGGCAGUAUGGAACCGUGGACUAUGGUUAGGCAGUAUGGAACCGUGGACUAUGGUUAGGCAGUAUGGAACCGUGGACUAUGGUUAGGCAGUAUGGAACCGUGGACUAUGGUUAGGCAGUAUGGAACCGUGGACUAUGGUUAGGCAGUAUGGAACCGUGGACUAUGGUUAGGCAGUAUGGAACCGUGGACUAUGGUUAGGCAGUAUGGAACCGUGGACUAUGGUUAGGCAGUAUGGAACCGUGGACUAUGGUUAGGCAGUAUGGAACCGUGGACUAUGGUUAGGCAGUAUGGAACCGUGGACUAUGGUUAGGCAGUAUGGAACCGUGGACUAUGGUUAGGCAGUAUGGAACCGUGGACUAUGGUUAGGCAGUAUGGAACCGUGGACUAUGGUUAGGCAGUAUGGAAAUUAGGACUCUAUAGGUUUUGAUUUAUGGGAAGACGAAGAUGACCUUUUUUCUUUUUUGAUUGUUUAUUUAUUUAAUUUGAAGAUUAUUUUUUUUGAUAUGAUAUGGCCUAAUUGUAGAGGUUGGGUAUAUUAUGACUUAAAAGCUGUUAUGUAGUGUGGCCCUUGUUCGCGGAUGUGAAUCGGAAUGAUUAGCUUUUAAGAUAAAAUGUAAUAAAUAUGAAUAGAUCUAAUGUAGGGCUAGGAUAAAGGAUUAUAGAAUUAAAAACCUGUCUAGGGUCUCUACUGGAGUAGGCCUAUACAUGACCUGUCUAGGAGUAGGCCUAUACAUGACCUGUCUAGGAGUAGGCCUAUACAUGACCUGUCUAGGAGUAGACCUAUACAUAACCUGUCUAGGAGUAGACCUAUACAUAACCUGUCUAGGAGUAGACCUAUACAUAACCUGUCUAGGAGUAGACCUAUACAUAACCUGUCUAGGAGUAGACCUAUACAUAACCUGUCUAGGAGUAGACCUAUACAUAACCUGUCUAGGAGUAGACCUAUACAUAACCUGUCUAGGAGUAGACCUAUACAUAACCUGUCUAGGAGUAGACCUAUACAUAACCUGUCUAGGAGUAGACCUAUACAUAACCUGUCUAGGAGUAGACCUAUACAGUGGGGAGAACAAGUAUUUGAUACACUGCCGAUUUUGCAGGUUUUCCUACUUACAAAGCAUGUAGAGGUCUGUAAUUUUUAUCAUAGGUACACUUCAACUGUGAGAGACGGAAUCUAAAACCAAAAUCCAGAAAAUCACAUUGUAUGAUUUUUAAGUAAUUAAUUUGCAUUUUAUUGCAUGACAUAAGUAUUUGAUACAUCAGAAAAGCAGAACUUCAUAUUUGGUACAGAAACCAUUGUUUGCAAUUACAGAGAUCAUACGUUUCCUGUAGGUCUUGACCAGGUUUGCACACACUGCAGCAGGGAUUUUGGCCCACUCCUCCAUACAGACCUUCACCAGAUCCUUCAGGUUUCGGGGCUGUCGCUGGGCAAUACGGACUUUCAGCUCCCUCCAAAGAUUUUCUAUUGGGUUCAGGUCUGGAGACUGGCUAGGCCACUCCAGGACCUUGAGAUGCUUCUUACGGAGCCACUCCUUAGUUGCCCUGGCUGUGUGUUUCGGGUCGUUGUCAUGCUGGAAGACCCAGCCACGACCCAUCUUCAAUGCUCUUACUGAGGGAAGGAGGUUUUUGGGACAUAAGGGGAACAGGGUGUAUUCUUAUUUAUCAGGAUGGCUGCACCUCUGAUGUUACUACACUAGGUGGCAGCAUAGGCCUCUCUCCAACCCAGCUCCUCUUUAGAUAUUACAUUUAUCCUUUUUUUUUUUAUGUAUCUCUUGCAGGAAAACCACAUCUGCUGACAUUCUCUUUAAGUGUUCUAGAACAAUGUGCUUUUUUCUCCAUCAUGAAGCCUGUGCACAUUCCAUGUGAUAAGUUGGAUUUUAUUGGUCUUUACUUGUAUAGAAUCAAAGUUAACCUUGUCUAUCAUUGAAGAACCCGAUUAAAAUAUUUUAGCGGACAUGUCGUAUGAGUGGGCAUUCCAUGAAAUGGGAAAGUAUUCAGACCCCUUGACUUUUUCCACAUGUUGUUACGUUACAGCCUUAUUCUAAAAUUGAUUAAAUCGCCUUUCCCCCCUCAUCAAUCUACACAAAAUACCCCAAUAAUGACAAAGCAAAAACAGGUUUUUAAACUGAAAUAUCACAUUUACAUAAGUAUUCAGACCCUUUACUCAGUACUUUGUUGAAGCACCUUGGCAGCGAUUACAGCCUCGAGUCUUCUUGGAUAUGACGCUACAAGCUUGGCACACCUGUAUUUGGGGAGUUCCUCCCAUUCUUCUCUGCAGAUCCUCUCAAGCUCUGUCAGGUUGGAUGGGGAGUGUCGCUGCACAGCUAUAUUCAGGUCUCUCCAGAGAUGUUCGAUCGGUUUCAAGUCCAGGCUCUGUCUGGGCCACUCAAGGACAUUCAGAGACUUGUCCCAAAGCCACUUCUGAAUUGUCUUGGCUGUGUGCUUAUGGUCGUUGUCCCACAGCAUGAUGCUGCCACCACCAUGCUUCACUGUAGGGAUGGUUUCAGGUUUCUUCCAGAUGUGACGCUUGGCAUUCAGGCCAAAAAGUUCAAUCUUGGUUUCAUCAGACCAGAGAAUCUUGUUUCUCAUGGUCUGAGAGUCCUUUAGGUGCCUUUUGGCAAACUCCAAGCGGGCUGUCAUGUGGUUUUUACUGAGGAGUGGCUUCCGUCUAGCCACUCUACAAUAAAGGCCUGAUUGGUGGAGUGCUGCAGAGAUGGUUGUCCUUCUGGAAGGUUCUCCCAUCUCCACAGAGGAACUCUGGAGCUUUGUCAGAGUGACCAUCGGGUUCUUGGUCACCUCCCUGACCAAGGCCCUUCUCCCCGAUUGCUCAGUUAGUCCGGGUGGCCAGCUCUAGGAAGAGUCUUGGUGGUUCCAAACAAAUUCCAUUUCAGAAUGAUGGAGGCCACUGUGUUCAUCUCAAGGAUGAAGAAUGGAAACAGGGUGCACCUGAUCUCAAUUUCGAGUCUCAUAGCAAAGGCUCUGAACUCUUAUGUAAAUAAGGUAUUUCUGUUUUUUUAUUUUUUAUAAUUGUACAAAAAAAAUCUAAAAACCUGUUUUCGCUUUGUCAUCAUGGGGUAUUGUGAUGUAGAUAAGGAUUUUUAUUUAUUUAAUCAAUUUUUAGAAUAAGGCUGUAACGUAACAAAAUGUAGAAAAUAGGACGGGGUCUGAAUACUUUCUGGUUGCACUGUAGAGCGUGUGGGCUGAGCAGACAUUUAACAGAAAGCACACCAAAAACACAAAGGAAAGUACUUCUUUGUACUUUUGAGGUGCUGUGGCAAGUCACAAAAAUAAAUAAAAUGAAAAUAUAGUUAAAUCCUUCCUUCCUUCUCUCUCUCUCCCAAACCUCUCCACCUCCCCCUUCCUGUUUUUUCAAGCUGAUAGUUCCACACCUUGAAAAUUACCAUGUGAAGGUAUUUAGUGUUUUUUCUGUUUCAUGCCGAUCCUAUCAUCGUUGGCAUCAAUUCCUCUGAUAUCAGCUUGAACCAGCUAGCUGGAAAGCUCUCCUUUUUCCCUCCUCUUCCGGUAGAGAGACCAACAUUCUCAUAUUCUUUUGUCUCAUUCUGUUUUCUUGCUGGUCCAAUUCAUCUUCUAAAGUUUGCAACUUCGUUUCCAGAAGGCUCAUGUUGUUGUCUUGUUCGUUCAUGACCACACCAUGUCUGACACCAUCGACUCUACUUUCUUUUUCUACUUUUUAACAACAGAUUGUAGCAGUUUGUUUGUUUUGGAUAUUCUUUAGCUGUUCAUUACUCUCGUCUCCAAGCUGCUCCUUGUCUUUUUCUCUGGGGCCAUGGCUGGUUGGAUUAGUGUCGCAGCGCCGCUUUACCAACUGAUUGGUUAGGUGUUGUACCUAACUGACCCCUCUUCCAAUUGAUCUAUCAGAGGCUUAAUUUAAACUUUGUUGUCUGGCUUCUACAUAUUACCACAGUUUUGUCGGUACUCACUCCCCGUGCAUCCUAUCUGCAUGCGUCAGCAUCCGCCGUAACAUAAACAGACUGGAAAAUGUCUACCUGAAUAUUUGUGUACAAAUCUUAAUAACAUAAGUCACCAUUUCCUGUCUGUCUGUGUGUCACGUUCGUUGAGUAAAGGAUUGGACCAAGGUGCAGCGUGGGUAUGCGUACAUAGUCGUUUAUUAUGUUAAACACCGACAAAACAACAAAAGUAUUGUAACGUGAAGUUCAAAAGGCUAAACAUCCAACAAGCCAAACUGAAAUAAGAUCCCACAACAUAGGUAGGCAAAAUGGCUACCUAAGUAUGAUGCCCAAUCAGAGACAACGAUCGACAGCUGCCUCUGAUUGGGAACCACACCCGGCCAACAUAGAAAUACAACACAUAGAAUUCACACCCUGACCAAACCAACUAGAGAAACCUGGGCUCUCAAGGUCAGGGCGUGACACUGUGAAUGGAGGAGCCACAGGAAGUUACAUCUUCAGAAUUAUAGAUUUGUUUCUCUCUCUCAAAUCAAUUCAAUUCAAAGGGCUUUAUUGGCUUAUUAUUUAUUUACCUAACGGGUCGUGGAUGGGUAUUCCAGCAUGACAAUGACCCAAAACACACGGCCAAGGCAACAAAGGAGUGGCUCAAGAAGAAGCACAUUAAGGUCCUGGAGUGGCCUAGCCAGUGUCCAGACCUUAAUCCCAAAGAAAUCCCAUCUAUGUAGGGAGCUGAAGGUUCGAGUUGCCAAACGUCAGCCUCGAAACCUUAAUGACUUGGAGAAGAUCUGCAAAGAGGAGUGGGACAAAAUCCCUUCUGAGAUGUGUGCAAACCUGGUGGCCAACUACAAGAAACGUCUGACCUCUGUGAUUGCCAACAAGGGUUUUGCCAACAAGUACUAAGUCAUGUUUUGCAGAGGGAUCAAAUACUUAUUUCCCUAAUUUAAAAUGCAAAUCAAUUUAUAACAUUUUUGACAUGCGUUUUUCUGGAUUUUUGUUGUUGUUAUUCUGUCUCUCACUGUUGAAAUAAACCUACCAAUAAAAUUAUAGACUGAUCAUGUCUUUGUCAGUGGGCAAACGUACAAAAUCAGCAGGGGAUCAAAUUAAUUUUUUCCCUCACUGUAGCUGUACACUUUAGACUUUCUGACCAGAUUAGAAACGUAUAAUAUCUGAAAAUGUAUCUAGCUAGACUAUCUUACCCGUAUACAUGGAUGGACGCUUCUCCCUCUCUGUCACGGAUGCCAUGGUUGCCCUUAGUUUGAAGAUGUAAUCCGGAGACAGGUGUUUUAUACAACAGCCUUCUGUGUGUUCAAUUUUUCAACUCAGUCUCAAUUCUCUCAAUUUCCAGAGAGCAACACUUAUGCAGUUCUACUACGUGAUCUAUUUCACAUGUUCCAGAAGGCAUUUCGAAAAAAAAAAAAAAAAAAGUAUGUUCUCUCCUGUGAAGUAGUGACGCGUGACAUACGCCUAGUUUCCUGAAACGAGUCACAUGUGUCUCUAAUAUGGUCAUACAUUUGGCAGGAGGUUAGGAAGUGCAGCUCAGUUUCCACCUCAUUUUGUGGGCAGUGUGCACAUAGCCUGUCUUCUCUUGAGAGCCAGGUCUGCCUACGGCGGCCUUUCUCAAUAGCAAGGCUAUGCUCACUGUACAUAGUCAAAGCUUUCCUUAAGUUUGGGUCAGUCACAGUGGUCAGGUAUCCUGCCACUGUGUACUCUCUUUUUAGGGCAAAAUAGCAUUCUAGUUUGCUCUGUUUUUUUGUUAAUUACUUGACACAUUGGAAAUAAUUAUCUUUUUGUUUUCUCAUGAUUUGGUUGGGUCUAAUUGUGUUGCUGUUCUGGGGCUCUGUGGGGUCUGUUUGUGUUUGUGAACAGAGCCCCAGGACCAGCUUGGUUAGGGGACUCUUCUACAAGUUCAUCUCUCUGUAGGUAAUGGCUUUGUUAUGGAAGGUUUGGGAAUCGCUUCCUUUUAGGUGGUUGUAGAAUUUAACGGCUCUUUUCUGGAUUUUGAUAAUUAGCGGGUAUCGGCCUAAUUCUGCUCUGCAUGCAUUAUUUGGUGUUUUACAUUGUACGCAGAGGAUAUUUUUGCAGAAUUCUGCAUGCAAUCUCAAUUUGGGGUUUGUCCCAUUUUGUGAAUUCUUGGUUGGUGAGCGGACCCCAGACCUCACAACCAUAAAUAGCAAUGGGUUCUAUAACUGAUUCAAGUAUUUUUAGCCAAAUCCUAACUGGGAUGUCGAAUUUCAUGUUCCUUUUGAUGGCAUAGAAGGCCCUUCUUGCCUUGUCUCUCAAAUCGUUCACACCUUUGUGGAGGUUACCUGUGGUGCUGACCUGUUUUGGCCGAGGUAUGUAUAGUUGUAUGUGUGCUCUAGGGCAACAGUGUAAUUUGUAUUUGUGGUUCUGGCAACUGGACCUUUUUUGGAACACCAUUAUUUUUGUCUUAAUGAGAUUUACUGUCAGGGCCCAGGUCUGACAGAAUCUGUGCAGAAGAUCUAGGAACUGCUGUAGGCCCUUCUUGGUUGGUGACAGAAGCACCAGAUCAUCAGCAAACAGUAGACAUUUGACUUCAGAUUCUAGUAGGGUGAGGCCGGGUGCUGCAGACUGUUCUAGUGCCCUUGCCAAUUCGUUGAUAUAUAUGUUGAGGGUGGGGCUUAAGCGGCAAACCUGUCUCACCGCACGGCCCUGUAGAAAGAAGUAUGUGUGUUUUUUGCCAAUUUUAACCGCACAUUCGUUGUUUGUGUACAUGGAUUUUAUAAUGUUGUAUGUUUUUUUUUUUCCCCCAACCCCACUUUCCAUCAAUUUGUAUAGCAGACCCUCAUGCCAAAUUGAGUCAAAAGCUUUUUUGAAAUCAACAAAGCAUGAGAAGACUUUACCUUUGUUUUGGUUUGUUUGUUUGUCAAUUAGGGUGUGCAGGGUGAAUACGUGGUCUGUCUUACGGUAAUUUGGUAAAAAGCCAAUUUGACAUUUGCUCAGUACAUUGUUUUAAUUGUGGAAAUGUACAAGUCUGCUGUUAAUGAUAAAGCAGAGGAUUUUCCCAAGGUUGCUGUUGACGCAUAUCCCACGGUAGUUAUUGGGGUCAAAUUUGUCUCCACUUUUGUGGCUUGGAUAUCAGUCCUUGGUUCCAAAUAUUGGGGAAGAUGCCAGAGCUGAGGAUGAUGUUAGAGUUUAAGUAUAGCCAAUUGGAAUUUGUGGUCUGUAUAAUUUCAUUGAGGAUACCAUCAACACCACAGGCCUUUUUGGGUUGGAGGGUUUGUAUUUUGUCCUGUAGUUCAUUCAAUGUAAUUGGAGAAUCCAGUGGGUUCUGGUAGUCUUUAAUAGUUGAUUCUAAUAUUUCUCUCGCUCUCUCUCCCUCCUUCCCUCUCACACUCUCUCUCUCUCUCCCUCCUUCCCUCUCACACUCCUCUCUCUCUCUCUCUCUCUCUCUCUCUCUCACUCUCUCUCUCUCUCUCUCUCUCUCUCUCUCUCUCUCUCUCUCUCAUUCUCUCCAUAUCUCUCCUUCCCUGUCUCUCUUUCUCUCUCUCUUCUCUAAUUAAUUCUGUUAGUUGCUCUGAUUUAUCAUUUCUGUAAUGAGAAAAGUGAAGCCCAUAAUUUCAACAGCUUGCAGGUUUUAGAUCAUACUAAAUGAUGAUAGCUUUCUGUCUCACCGGGGAAGAUAUCUCACUUCAUCACUAGGUGUGUGUGUGUGUGUGUGUGUGUGUGUGUGUCUACACUGUGUGUGAUGAGUAUGUCCUUGUAAGUGUGUUUGUCCUUGUCUCCAGGUACUUUAGAUCAGGAGCCCCUCCCGUCAUCAACCCCCUCCACACGCGGUUCCCACGGGAUACCAUUGUCCCAGGGUCCUUUGCAGUCACUCUGACCUGGACUCUACCAAACCGCACCACAGGGGUGUUCAACGUGACCUCCCCCCUCCCCGGGGAUUGGUUCCUGGCUGCACACCUGCCCAAGGAUGAGGGAAAGAUCUCUGUCAAGGUGAGUCUGGAGGAAUGGGCAGGCUGAGUCUGUCUGGAUGAUGGUUGGACUGUUUUUCUCUGGCGGGAGAGUUGUUUUUUUCUCACAAUCUGUUGUGUAUGUUGACGUAGUGGCUUUUUCAGUCUGUGAACGUAUAGCAACUUUUUCAAACGGAUAAAGUGAUAAGGUACACCCCUGCCUUGUACCGCUUGAGAAAUGGAAAGGUUAGGUUUUGACUGUUUGGUGGAUCCAAUAGAGGGUGACCCACAUCUGCUGGCCGGCUGCAGCACUCCGCAUGGCUGGUAGUCAGAUAGAGAGAUGGAUGGAGCGUCUCCAUCGGGCUGAGAUGCCUGCUUGCCAUCCCUGA